UCCUUUAAACGUCUCUGAUUGAAGUCAGCCAUCUAACGUGAUCCUGAAGCCAAGUUUCAAAGAGCUUGCAUCAGUGAGUAUGUAAGGAAGAAUGGCUGACUUUGAGGCCUAUCAGGAGUAUCAAAGAAUUGAGGACUUUGAAGACUCCCCACCAGGAGAAGAGGAUUUACUUGUGCAUGUUCCUGAAGGCCUGAGAGAUUCAUGGCAUCACAUCGAGAAUCUGGACAUUUUUUUCACACGGAUAUAUCACUUUCACCAGAAAAAUGGCUUCGCCUGUAUGAUGCUCUCUGAAUUCUUUGAACUAAUACAGCUGCUGUUUGUGGUCACAUUCACAACCUUUCUCUUCAACUGUGUUGAGUAUGAUAUCCUUUUUGGUAAUCGGGCAGUUAACCACACGGGACCCAGUGUCAACCCUCUGGACAGGAGUAAGGUUACACUGCCAGAUGCCAUCUUGCCCAGUCAUCAGUGCUUCGAGAGAAUUCAAGGCAGUAGUUGGAUUAUUUCUCUGCUGAUAAUGGCAGCCGUCUUCUGGAUCUACCGUCUUAUAAAAGUCAUCUUCAAUAUCCUCAGUUACUGGGAGAUCCGGCAGUUUUACAUUAAGGCUCUGAAAAUAAGGAUGGAUGAGCUCUGUAACUUUACUUGGCAGGAAGUGCAAGACCGUCUCAUCAGCUUGCAGCGUGAACAGCAGAUAUGCAUCCACAAAAAAGAGCUCACAGAACUGGAUAUCUACCACAGAAUCCUACGUUUCAAGAACUACACUGUGGCCAUGGUCAACAAAUCAGUGCUACCUGUGCGGCUACAUCUCCCCAUGUUGGGUGAAGUUGUUUUUCUCACACAGGGACUCAAAUACAAUUUUGAACUUAUUCUCUUUUGGGGUCCUGGUUCACUCUUUCAGAACAAAUGGAACCUUCAUCCUAAAUACAAGCGUGCAAGCAAUCGACUGGAGUUGGCACAGCAAUUAAGCCGGGUAAUCCUAUUAGCAGGUGUGGCAAACCUGUUGCUCUGCCCUCUGGUGCUAGUCUGGCAGGUACUUUAUGCAUUCUUUAGCUAUGCUGAAGUGAUCAAGCGUGAACCAGGCAGCCUGGGAGCACGCCGCUGGUCUCUAUAUGGCCGACUCUACCUCCGCCAUUUCAACGAACUAGACCAUGAACUGCAAGGACGGCUUGGACAUGGCUAUAAACCAGCUGCCAAAUACAUGAACUCUUUUGCCUCUCCACUGCUUGCUGUGUUGGCCCGUAAUGUAGCCUUCUUCUCUGGCUCAGUUUUGGCUGUGUUGAUUGCACUCACAGUCUAUGAUGAGGAUGUGCUGACGGUGCAACACAUUCUAACAGCAAUUACAGUGCUGGGUGUUGUCAUCACUGUAACAAGAUCAUUUAUCCCAGAUGAACACAUGGUGUGGUGUCCAGAGCAAUUGCUGCAGUGUGUCCUAGCACAUAUCCACUAUAUGCCUGACCACUGGAAGGGAAAUGCCAACAAGUGUGAAACACGUGAUGAGCUGGCUCAACUUUUUCAGUAUAAGGCGGUAUUCAUCUUGGAGGAACUGAUUAGCCCAGUCAUUACUCCAUUCAUCCUUAUAUUCCUCCUGCGCCAUAAAUCUCUUGAGAUCAUAGACUUUUUCCGCAACUUCACUGUGGAAGUGGUAGGCGUUGGGGAUAUAUGCUCUUUUGCCCAAAUGGACAUACGUCGCCAUGGAAAUCCACAGUGGCUGUCUGAGGGCCAGACAGAGGCUUCUGUCUAUCAGCAAGCAGAAAAUGGAAAGACAGAACUGUCGCUGAUGCAUUUCACUAUCAAGAACCCACGUUGGCAGCCACCACAGGAUAGUUCUGUCUUCAUAAGUCACUUGAAAGAGAAAGUCCAGCAGGAUGCCCAAUCAGGACCCUCCACCCAACUUUUGUUGUCUGAGGCCCCACUCUGUGUGUCACUGUUUUCAAACGAGUCCGACACUAGUCCAAACAAUCCUCUGGCUAGUGUGUUCACUCAUCCAUGGUUGAAAGCACCUGGUCUGCCUAGCCGGGACUGGCGUUUCCUCCCCCAAAACACUACUGCCUCAGCUGCUGCUUCCGUGCUGGCUUCACUGUCUGCUUCACAACCUUCCCCAGCCAGCCGUACCCACUCUGUGAACACACUUUUGCCCUCAAACAGCCGCCAUUCUUUAUCACAGCACCAUGGUAGCACUAUGUACUUCAGUGACCGCACUGUAGUGGACAGCAUGUCUGCUAGUGAAGCUACAAGGCUCCAUAAUUCGGCACUGCUGAUGGAGUAUGCCUCUGCAGAGAUGAGCCUUCAUGCUAUUUACAUGCAUGAGGUACACCAGCUGAACUCACUGUCUCAACGUGCAGGGGUAGCACUUUCACAGAUCCCUGUGUCACUGAAGGAAUCCAGCUGCAGCCCUGGUCAGGUGGCAUCCAUCAAUCCAGACAACCACUCAAUUCCCAGCAAUAGAAGACUGGGUGGCUGGAUGGAGGAGAAGGAGGAGGAGGAAGAAGAAAUAAUAAUAAACAGAUCAGCAUCUGAGUCAGGAGCAGUUUCUGAAGUGCCUUAAAAUUUUGUGCUGAAGCGUUCAUCAGAUGGAUGGAAACACUGGACUUACAUGAUCUUUUUCUGAUCACCAUUCAAGAAGUUUGGUUCAAUAAAUGAGAACUUCAGAGAGGUCAGAGGUUAUGGACUCUCUCACAAUGCUCUUGUAGUCAACAAGGAGGGGAAACCACAGAUGUCGUCCUCAUCACCCCCACAAAGAAACACCAGAUAGUACCACAGUGUUGUGUGCUUGUGUGUAAGUGUGUGUGCAUAUUGUGUCUUGUUUUAAGACAGUAUUUUAAAUAAAACCUGGGCUUUAUGCCAAUGUACUGGUUCUAACUGCA